AUGAUAAUACUUAUUCCGAUUAAUGUAACUGGGAGCAGUGUCGAAUAUUCUGCAACUGGUUUAGAUAAGCUUAGCUUAUCAAACAUUUCGAGGUCUAAGGUCUAUCGAUUAAAUGCUCAUUUUAUAAUGAGUUUAAUCACAAUUGGCUUUUUUCAAUGGUUGCUAUUAUAUGAAUUACAAACUUUUGUGAAAAUUAGACAAUCCUUUUUACUCUCGAAAAGUCACAGAAAUUCUGUUCUUUCGAAAACUAUAUUAAUAUCAAAUGUACCACCUCAUUUGCAAGACUUGGAUGUACUUUGUGAUUUAUUCGAGACAGUUCCUGGUGGGAUUGAAAAUAUUUGGUACUUGUAUGACUAUAGAGAUAUUUUAGAGUUAGUGGAAGAAGCAAAGGAAGCAUUAAAUUUUUUAGAGGAAGCAGAACUAUCGUGCUUGAAGAGCACUUUGUUGAAAUAUGGGAAAGAGUACAAAAAAAAUACUACCAACAUUCCCGAACAAUUAGGAGUAAUUGAUAAUAACCCUGAAAAUAUGAGAGAUAGUCUUGGGUUCAAAGCUAAUUCGAAGAAUCCAAAAUUUUACCCUCCGAUAUACUUCAAAUCCAUAAAAAUACCUAAAAUUGAGCGAUAUUUCAGGCUAAGAUUUCCUGGUUUUUUUAGAAUCAUAUUUCUCGAAAAAAGGGUAUCAGUUAUUGAUUGGUGUAUUAAUACUUUAAACACUAAACAGGGCUUGAUAGAUAAAAAAAAAUUCGCCUUAACAACUGGUCUGUUAAAAAAGCAUAAUAAGUUAUUUGUUGAAUUCCAAUCUCAAAAGGGAGCCUAUAUAGCUCAUCAAUGUUUGCUUUCUCAGAUUCAAGGAAAUCUAGAUCUGACGUUAAUCGAAAUUCACCCAAAAGAUAUUCUUUGGGACAAUAUGGCUCGUAAUAACACUAUUGCUUGUUUGAUUGAAAAAUAUUUUGUCAGUCUUAUAUUUAUAAGUGUAAUCCUAUUGUAUGUUAUUCCAGUCUCAUUUAUUGGAUUAGUCUCUCAAGUUCCUUUGCUCACGAAGUUGAUCCCAAGCUUAAAAUGGAUUUAUAAAUUUCCCGAAGAGGCUAGAGACACUAUCUCAAGCAUUUUACCUUCGCUUCUUCUUGCUGUAUUAACGGAUAUAGUUCUAAUAGUUUUCAGAUUCUUGACAUAUUUCAAAGGCAUGUUAUCAGGAGCUGAUUUAGAACUAAAUUUACAACAAUGGUACUUCGCUUUUCUAUUCGUGCAACAAUUUUUAGUUGUUACUAUCCUGUCAAGUAUUACUGUUAUCUUUAAACAAAUUGUUGAUCAACCAACAUCAAUCCCAGUUCUUUUAGCAACUAAUUUACCAAAAGCGGCAACUUUUUUUUUUCAGUAUAUUACGUUAAAAGCAUUUGCUUUUUGCGGCAAUAAUUUUUUGCGAAUAGGACCCUUAUUGUUACACUUGACGGUGCAUAAGAUAAAAGAUAAAACUCCCCGACAAAAAUUUAACCGUAUUACUAACUUAUUAAGAAUUAGGUGGGGUUCCAUAUAUCCAGUAUAUUCGGUAUUUGCUUCUAUUGGCAUAUGUUACUGCGUUAUUUCUCCGUUGAUUGCUAUAUUCGUCAUUUUCAUUCUUUCAUUGCUGUUACUUUACUACAAAUAUGCAUUAAAAUACAUAUACAAUCGCACCAAUGAGUCAGAUACUAAAGGAAAGCAUUAUCCCAUAGCAUUAUUACAUUUAUAUACUGGAAUCUAUUGUUUAGAAUGUUGCUUGAUUGGUAUUUUCUUUCUACUGAAAAAUGAAAACGAUACUUGUCCGAUGGUUAUACAAGGCUGGGUUAUGUGUAUUGUCUUAUUGGCAACAAUUUUUGGAAAUAUAACUAUAUACAACAGAUAUGUGAAGCACUUCUCGUAUUUACCAAUAUUAUCCGAUAAAAAAUUCCGGGACCCAGCUGUUAUUGCAAAUUUGAAAGAAAACCCAAACAACAUCCAUACACUACACGAGGAAAAAAAACUGCCCAAUGAAGAUUACCUGAACCGCAAGUUAUUAUUUCUCCAUCCUGCCUUCAAGUAUGAGAAACCUAAACUUUGGCUACCCGAAGAUCCACUUAAUUUAGGCAUAGAUCGAAUAAGAGUUAUUGAGUCACAGAUAGACGGUUUGGAAGGAGGAAGUACAAGUGGUGCCAAAAUAGAAUUCAGCAACAACAUGAAAAUAAACAUGAAGAUAACAAAUGCUCCUCCAGACUAUAAAUAA